AGGAGCCUCUGUGCACUGGCAGGCUGCUGUGCAGUCCACGAGGAAGGCUUCGGUCGACAGGACAGGCGUGCAGACUUCAGGAGGGACCCUGGGCAGCAGACAUUCCCUGGAAGGGCAGGUUGCAUUGCAUGGUUGGCUCAUGGAGGCAGCAGAGGUGGCCUCAGCCAGGCCUGGGCAGCAUCAGCCCCCGGCAGCAGCAAGACGCUGGCUGUUCCACCUGCCCACAAGAACAGCCACCACCAGUACCCAGGGGAUGACUAGCGGCCGGACCACAGGCCACAAAAAGAAGAAGGCUACCCCACUUACAGAUGCAGACCAUGUGGGGCUCCGGAGAACUGCUUGUAGCAUGGUUUCUAGUGUUGGCAGCAGAUGGUACUACUGAGCAUGUCUACAGACCCAGCCGUAGAGUGUGUACUGUGGGGAUUUCCGGAGGUUCCAUCUCGGAGACCUUUGUGCAGCGUGUAUACCAGCCUUACCUCACCACUUGCGACGGACACAGAGCCUGCAGCACCUACCGAACCAUCUACCGGACUGCCUAUCGCCGUAGCCCUGGGGUGACUCCCGCAAGGCCUCGCUAUGCUUGCUGCCCUGGUUGGAAGAGGACCAGUGGGCUCCCUGGGGCUUGUGGAGCAGCAAUAUGCCAGCCUCCAUGUGGGAAUGGAGGGAGUUGCAUCCGCCCAGGACACUGCCGCUGCCCUGUGGGAUGGCAGGGAGAUACUUGCCAGACAGAUGUUGAUGAAUGCAGUACAGGAGAGGCCAGUUGUCCCCAGCGCUGUGUCAAUACUGUGGGAAGUUACUGGUGCCAGGGAUGGGAGGGACAAAGCCCAUCUGCAGAUGGGACGCGCUGCCUGUCUAAGGAGGGGCCCUCCCCGGUGGCCCCAAACCCCACAGCAGGAGUGGACAGCAUGGCGAGAGAGGAGGUGUACAGGCUGCAGGCUCGGGUUGAUGUGCUAGAACAGAAACUGCAGUUGGUGCUGGCCCCACUGCACAGCCUGGCCUCUCGGUCCACAGAGCAUGGGCUACAAGAUCCUGGCAGCCUGCUGGCCCAUUCCUUCCAGCAGCUGGACCGAAUUGAUUCACUGAGUGAGCAGGUGUCCUUCUUGGAGGAACAUCUGGGGUCCUGCUCCUGCAAAAAAGAUCUGUGAUAACCUCUCACCACCCAGGCUGGAUAGAGCAGUCAUCCCUAGAUCCCUUGUAGCCAGAGUUCAGGCGCUGUCUGGUGGUGCCUAUGAGCAGAAGGCCCUGCCUCAUUGUCCCUCUUUCUUAGGAGGUUCCUAGGACUUGGGCAUGGGGAGUGGGGUCUUGUGUGACUCUUCAGUGGGGCUCCCUGUCUAAGUGGUAAGGUGGGGAUUGUCUCCAUCUUUGUCAUAAUAAAGCUGAGACUUGA